CGCUCACACAGCCACCGGUGCCAUGUACGCACGCACAGAAAAACUCGUGUAGUGUUUUUUUUUUUGGUUUUAUUCCUCUUUAAGAAGUUUUAUUUUGCAGUCAGUUCUUCUUUGCAGCCCGCUGACGGGACUGAGAACUUCUUGCGGAGGUAAUUUACUGAGAAAGUUGGAUUACACGGAGCCACUUGAGGGAGUAAUGUUGCUCAGAUGAUGAGCAGCGCUGAAGGACGUGAAAUCAGCGGAACCCCGGGCUGUCAACGGCUGUGUGGCGAGUGUAGAUAAGCCCCCUUAUGAGGUGAAAACCCCUUCCUGUCCUGCAGUAUCCCCUCCCAGCACCAACAGCAGGAAUAAGGGAUGUCACGGCUCUUCCUCUUUUUGGCAAUGCUCAUUGUCUCCUGCAGCAUCCAGGUGUCUCCUGCUACUAGUCUGAAUAAGCUGAAGCAGAGCUGGAAGCUGUACAUGGAAGAAUGUGAAUACAACAACAGCAGAGAUCCACCAAGCACUGGCCUUGUGUGCAACAGGACUGUUGACAAUUAUGUCUGUUGGCCAGACGGACUCCCCAACAGCACUGUCAGCGUGCCGUGUCCGUGGUAUUUGCCAUGGCACCAUAAAGUUCAGCAUGGGAUGGUGUAUCAGGAAUGUGAUGCAAACGGCCAGUGGAUGACCGUGAAGAACACCACCGAGUGUGAUUCUCACGUUCCAAGUUCGCCGUACUUUGGCUAUAUCUGGGUCAUGUACACGGUGGGCUACUCUUUAUCCCUGGUAGCUUUAGUCUUGGCUCUUGGCAUCCUUAUAUUUUUCAGGAAACUGCACUGCAUGAGGAACAACAUCCACAUGAAUCUGUUUGCCUCCUUCAUCUUACGAGCACUGUCCAUUCUGAUCAAAGACGCUCUUUUUGAGGCCAUCCAGACAUCACAGGAUCUCAGCAGAGACCAGGAACAGGGAUUCCCUCGUGCAUCUAUGCCUCCAGUGGAACUACUGGUCAACAAUGGGACAACGGUUGGCUGCCGCGUCGCCUUCAUGAUGAUGCAGUACAGCAUCAUGGCUAACAGCUACUGGCUGCUGGUGGAAGGCAUCUACCUCCACAACCUCCUGGUCAUCACUGUGUUCACAGAGAGGAACUACUUCAACAUCUACCUGUGCAUUGGUUGGGGUACCCCUUUAAUAUUCCUUGCGCCGUGGGUGAUCGUUAAAUACAUGUAUGAAAAUAAAGAGUGCUGGGAGCUGAAUAUAAACAUGAACUUCUGGUGGAUAAUUCGCUCCCCGAUACUACUAGCUGUUAUGAUCAACUUCCUGAUAUUUAUCCAUAUCAUCAAAAUUCUUGUGUCAAAACUUCGAGCUCACCAAAUGAGAUACACAGAUUAUAAGUUCAGGUUGGCUAAGUCAACUCUAACCCUGAUCCCACUGCUGGGUAUCCAUCAGGUGGUCACAAUCCUUGUGACGGACGAGUCCACUAAUACCACCAUCGGUUUGCGUGUCACCAGGCUCUUCAUUGAACUCUUCUUCUCCUCCUUCCAGGGUCUUCUGGUGGCCAUCUUGUACUGCUUUGUCAACAAAGAAGUGCAGUCUGAGAUCCUGAAGAAGUGGAAGCGCUGGAAGCUGGGGAGGAACAUCGAGGAGGAAUAUCGACACACCUACAGCAAUACCCCCAACACAAAGACAGCGAGCCUGUUGAACCAUGUCUCUCGACUGCCUCACCUCCCGGACAUCGCCAAAACCUCUGCCCCGGUCUGUAGCCCCGAAGAGAGGCACAUGCUUGUGGCUGACUGCCAUAACGGCGAGGUCCACAGUAAAGGGGUGGGCAAGUGUGCGUCCCCGCUGCGCAAGGGAACCAUGAGCAACUGCUCUCUGGUGGAGGAUAUCAGCAGCACGGAAAAGAUGCAGUGUUACGAGGCGCAGAGAGAGAACAUGGAGAGCCACCUGUGACAUGACAAAGAAAGUUGGAUGAGUUCUUGUCUGGCUCUGACAAACUGCCCCAAUUGGCUGAGGUGCUGUGCUGAUGGAGUCACUUGUGUAAGCAGUCUUCGAAGAUUAACCUCACUGGGAGAUCGAGUCCCACCACAGCCUGAGAACAGAGAACAAUACGGCAGAUAUUCACUCUGAGAAGUCUGAUGUGCUUUGAGUCCCAUGGAUGGAUUUCUCGAGAUAUUUGUCAGACAGUAUAAUAAGCCAUUGCAUGUUUAGCAAUGGCAUCUCAAUGCAAAUAAGCCAUGUAAAAUAAUAUUGAAAAAAAACCCUGAAACCUCAAACAAAAAACAGCAGCAACAACAAAAAGACACAGAGUCCUUGCUUGAACCUCUGUUUCAAUUUGUGCUGUCUAUCAAAGGUUGUGUUUUUGUGGUACUGGACGUUAAAUACAAACUGGACAUUGAACUGUGUACACAAAAGAGACAAACAAAUGAUACAAAACAAGGGGGCAAAGGAGAAUGCUUUUUUUUUAUAUGUUUUGCUCUGAUACCUGUAAAUAGUUUUCUGUCUUUGGUUGAAAAUCUAAAAAGAUGAAACUGUCUGUUACUUGUACCUCAUACAGACCACAGUGUUGUUCAAGCUGCCCCGUCCAGGGCUUCUGGGAAAUUGGCAGCUGCUCUCUCCAGGUCCUUCCUGGCUCACAUACAGACAUUAAAAGAGGCCAAGUGAUGGUAUAGGAUGAAUUAUAAACAAGCUAAAAUAAUCAUCACUUAACUUUCUUAUGUGUUUUAGAUAAAAAAUACAUAUAUAUAAUCAUAUGUAUGGGUGCUACACUCAGCUGGGGUGGAACCAACCAUCUUUUUUAUAUAUCUAGGUCAAACCUUUGACACUGCUGAGUGCAGUUGUGACCGUUUAAAUGUGCCAGAUGUGUUUUCAAAGGGAACAGAUGAAUUUCCGGGUCACUGACCCCGAAUUUCCACAUAACGCGAUAGCGCCGUGCCGGGCAGCGUGGCGAAGCGCCACCGUCUUGCUCCGAAAGUCAAAGCACACUGCAAGCACAGCGCAGCGGUGCGCCGUCUGGAUGGGGAGGGCUGCUCCUCGGAGAGGCUCUCGCGUGAAUCGCGAUACCACACGAUAACAACACAUGAUAUAAACAGAAAAUAAAUAAACCACACCUCAUUUCGCUUCUCCAGGGUCACUCUGCUCGACCCAGCCACAUUGCUCUGUGAUUUAUAGUACUUCUAUCAUGGGUGAAUACAUGAUUUAUGUUUUGAUCUCAAAUGAGUGCUUUUCUUUAUCCAAUAGUUAAUUUUGUAUGGUUUAUUCUAUAUAAAAAACGGUAAUUUCUCUUCGUCCAUGGCGUCGUGUUGUAUCUGGGACCCUGUUGACCUGAUGCUCGUGCCUCCAGAAGUGUAAUAACAACAUAUAGGAAAAAAUUUGCGUCCGAGAGGUCGUGCAUUGUGUUUUAUUUUGAAAGUGAAUUUACGAGGUUUUGAAGCAGCGGUGCAGAAAAUAGACCUGAAGCGAAUUUCCAGUGCUGUGGCGCGCGCUGUUGCUUCAGGGACGCGGCGCUGGCUCUCCGCAGCGCGUGCAGUGGAAAUUGUCUGAUCGAAGAGAAUGGGUUGUAAGUGCGAUUCAAGAGCGCGGCGCUUUCGCGUUAUGUGAAAAUUCGGGGUGAGUGUGUUUUGUUUUCCCCCUUUGCCAUUAAGAUGUCGCACACCUUAGCAAACUGUAUGAACUUCUAUGGCCACUCAGUUCCAAUGCAAUGAAAACUGACAGGGAAAACUGUGCACUUAAAUCUAGGAUGAAAAUAUACACUGACAGUCAUUAAAAACUUUGAGACCAUAUUUUUCAACAUAAUUUUUAUUUUGAAGCCCGAAACUGGAUUUUCUUCAUAUGAAUCAUUUGUUUAGCAUAUUGGCAUACAGAAACAAAAAUCUAAAGUUUCAAGAAUGAUUUCAAAAUAAAGAAUUUCACAAAAGAAAACGGCAAAAAAGUCACAACAGUCAAUACCGAGUAUGGCCUCCAUUUGCUUCGAUGCAGGCAGCAAUCCGUCGGCGCAUGCUUUGGACCAGGCUUCUGAUUGUGGGUUGGGAACAGCCCAUACGCCUGGCUACAUCACUGUAGCUCAAACCGGCCUCCACCAUACCCAGUGCCCGGAGACGUUGUUCAUGUGAUAGACGUGGCAUGAUGCUGUUCACUGGACUAACAAUGGUGGCCUUUUUUGGGCCUUUAUAUAGGCCUUCAAAACCCAUUCUCAAAUUGUGCAGAUACUCACUGAGUAUUGCUUGGUGUGUAUUUGGUUCACUUUUGCAAAGUGACCAACCCACGUGCAAUGAAUCAUGACAAAAUGGCAACUCAUCAUUAUCUCAACUACCAGGGCACUAGAUCAUCAGUAAAUCCACAAUGAAUAAUUACAACCCUCCUACAAGUAGAAUUCUGCGUACAUUUCUACCUCAAAGUUUCUAUUGACUGUUAGUAUACAACAUGCAGACAUGACCUGCAAAGCCGUACAUGCAUGAAGUACGAAUUGAGCGUCAUCACUCAAAAUGACACGUCACCUCCGACACAAGGCUGUUUUUACAAUGUUACAUAGAAGCUGUCAUGCAUGAAGACUGCAAAGAUAUGGUGGGAUUAGGUUGUUUGACUCAUUUGCUGAAGGGUGUGUGCCGUACGGUGCCAGCACAGCAAUGUAUGAAAAACAAAGACGGUGCUAAUGACUGCAUGUUCAAUGACGGUGUUUAAUAUGCACACUUACAUUGUGUCUACUUUGGGUGUGGACGUUUCGAACAAAAUUCUCUACCCUAAAAGCAGAACAAAAGUUUUCUAAUGACAAUACAGUGAGUUGCUAAAAUAUUUUGCCAGAACUAACUGAACUUGACUAUGUAUGUAUGUAUGACAGUUUGCACAAUGUUAAUUUAGAAUUGGCAAAUACUGUGUGUGUGUAUAUAUAUGUGUUUAUAUGGAGGUGAUUUUAUUUGAUUGCAGUCAGUGUACUUCAUGCAUGUCUGUGAGGAGGGCGUGUAUGUAUGUGCAAGUAUAUUUUCAGGGUAUGAAUGUGUGUCGUUGCAGAUUUGUGGAUGUGUUGCAGUAGGAUGAAUUUUUGGCUGUAGCCCGAGGAGCGAUGGGUUGAUACAAACCAGCGCAAGUGGCUUCCCACAGAGGUCAGAGGUCAUUAUGAGCCAGUCUCAGUCUAGCAUACACAGUGUUUCACCAAAGGACAUUCCCAGAUGCCUAUAUAAGGUGCAAGGAAGACACAGCUUGAGGUUUUAUUUUGGAAGCCGUUUUCGGCGUGAUUCCUCAAAGUCAUUUUGCAGUGCGGAGCAAAUUAGAGCACAACAGUGACAUGUUUGUCAUUGAGAUAACAGCUCUGUGCAUUCACACAUCCCGCAGUUGCUGCUGUCGAGUCAGUGAGCAAAAACAAAUGGCAGAUUGUUUUUCAUCAACAUCUGCUGAGGACUGUAAUAGUAGCUUGGAAAAUCCAAACUGAAUCUCCAUGUAAUCUCCUAUCUCCAUGUUAGGAGAUACAGGAGAGUCAGUUUGGCAUUGGGCGAAUUGAAUCGCGUUUCCCUCCCGGGAAAGUUCGGUACGACCAAUCAUAGCACGGGAGGCGGGAGUUAAUGCUGCGUCAUCUUCAGCGCCUGGAUUACCCAUAAAACACCUGCGGACCUUUUGGCUUCUUGCCAUUGUUUGUACAGAGGAAAAUCCCGUUCCAAACGUGAGUAAAUUUAAGCAACUUUUACACAUACACACCGACUUGGUUUGGCUCCGAUUUAAAGUUAUUCCUAACACCGCUAAUCGUUCGGAAGGAGUCUUUUGUUGCGUAGCCUUUUCAAAAAUAAGUGUUGUACUUGAGAGUACCCCAUGUAUUCACAUCCGUGUUACGCUGAUUAGUUCUUUCUCGUUCAAGCUGCAUUCGUUAGCCCCUCCUUUUUGAAAUCGUCUCCUAUCAUCACAAUGCCAGACUGCCUUUAUUUGUAUUUAUAUUAAUACAGAAAUAAAGUCAGUCUGGAUUUUCCAGGCAACUGUAAUAGAGCUAGUAAAUAUCCAAUAGUCUGAAUUAUGCUGGGAGUUUGACGCACACUCCGCAGCUUAGAAGUGACUUUGUCUUCAUUUGCAGAGAAGAAUAACUCACACAGUAUUAGAGAAAUCUCAUACACAUCCAGUAACAUGAGUAUUCAGGAGAGGUAAGCAUACUGAUAUUUUCAUUUCAAACCAAUACCUGUGUUUUAAGCUGUGACCAUAACCAUGUAUGUAUUUGAAGCCUGGGUCACUCCCAUUCCUGGAUCAAAGUGGUUCUGUCUGAAUGUAUUCUCUGAAAGGCCCAAAUCAAUAUGUUCCUUUAUGUUCUCUCUUAAAGAUGGUUAUAUGGAGUAUAUGUGGUAUGAAGAACCAAUCAGUAAAAACUGACUGCAUUCAGGUGUAUACAGUUGACAGUUGAGUACAUAUAUUGUGUCGGCUUUGUGCAAAUGGCGAAAGAAUAAAUUACAAUGUAUGUGAAAGAUCA